AUGACAAAAUAUUUUGUAUCGUUCCUGCUUUUAGCAACGCUUGUUUAUCAAGGUUACAGCACAGAAGAGAUUUGGCUCGAUGAGAGAAAUGUAGAUUAUAUCAGUCAUGAUUACUUGGGAACGUCCAUUAGUAUCCCAAAAUUCUUGUUUGAUACUUUGAUUACAUGCCAAGUCAUAUUCCCAAAUGGUGCCAUGUACGAAGCAUACCCAAACGAUAAUAUUCCUCAUAGCAAUAUUUUCUUCAUGGAGGCAGUUGAGCCAUUUGUGUCAUGCGCUGUUGGUUUCAGAGGUGUUGGUGUUGAGGCUAGUGGUACCUAUGAAUUACUAUCUUACGUAAAGCAUGUAGUAGAUAAUAGCUUCACACUGACACGACAAAGGUUUAACUUAAAUGUCACCGUCUCGGAUUUCACAAAGUAG